AUGUCAUCCGCCGAGCAGACGUACGGGAAUCAGAACGACGAUCAGCUCGACAAGCUGCUCAGCAAAGUCAAAGCUCUCGUGAGUUGCAGCCGAGCUACGUCACAGGUCUUGUCAGCGUAGCGUGGCGAUGCCAUGACGAUCAGGGCAGGAUGGGACAGGCUUGAAUGCGCUGGGCGCUACGCCGUUUCGCUGCGUGCUCGCGUGGACACUCGAGCUGCCAGCAGACGGAUGACGCCAGUCGUGGUUGCGCGCAACUCCACACUGAUGACGCUCUCACACGUCCCUUGGCAUAUAUGCGCUUGCUGCGCCUCGUCACAGCGCGGCGUCACGACGGAUAUCCAUUCCGAUGUAGAGUCGCAGCGCACAGGACUUCUAGCAGACGCCGUGAGUCUGACAUCCUUGGUAGCCUGCUGUUCUUUGGAAGUGCACCGGUACUGACAGCCGUCACACGGUCCUCGCGUUCAAGUCGGAAUCCUUCGAUGCCUUUUCCAACAGGCUAGGCUCCACGUCUUCUCGAUUCACAAGACAGGUGGUCGCAGGUGCAAAGAGCAACAGGCUGCUCACAAUGUACAUCCUCGGCGGUAUUGUCGCCCUCUUUCUCAUAUGGCAUAUUUUGUUUUAG